AUGGCUACCAACACUUCUCCUCCCGUUCUUCGAGGAAAGUCGACAUGGAAAGGCAAGGAACAAGAACAAGAUUUCGAAGAUCUGAACUCAACCAUCACGUAUCGACACAUACUCCAACAGAACCUUGGAGUCCGGGAUCCUUUACGUGUGGUGGCUCUAUGCGACAGUGAUGCAUUCUAUGCGGCCUGUGAGAUGAUCCGUCUUGGUGUUAAGGACAAACCUCUGGUUGUGCUACAAUGGGAAGGUAUCAUUGCAGUCAAUUAUCCAGCACGCGAAUAUGGUAUUACUCGGUUUCAUAAGUUGGCAGACGCGAAGGAACGAUGUCCGGAGUUGAUGAUUGUCCAUGUCGCGACCUACAAAGAGGGAGAGGCUGAGCCUGGGUAUUGGGAUAAAGUCGACUCAAGAACUCACAAGGUUUCACUAGACUACUAUCGUCGUGAAAGCGCCAAGGUCCUCACCAUGUUUAAGGAAGGUCUCCCCGACGCGGAGAUUGAAAAGGCUUCCAUCGACGAGGCUUUCAUAGAUUUUACAAAGCCGGUGAGGAAGGAGCUCCUUCGGCGAUACCCUCACCUCGCCAAUGUUCCCCACGAUGCACCGAAUGGUCUGGAUACACCUUUACCUGCCCCACCCAAGGUUGAUAUGGCCCUCGACUCUAAUGUAAUCCCGUCUGAGGCGGAUGACGAUACUACCUGGCACGACGUUGCACUUUCGAUCGCUGCAGAAAUGAUGCACAAAGUACGCGUUGAUAUCGCCAGUAAACUGGGAUAUACCACCUCUGCUGGUCUAGCGCGAAACAAAUUUUUAGCCAAACUUUCAGCCUCGUAUAAGAAGCCAUACUCACAGAGCGUAUUGCGCAACUGUGCUAUUCCGAAUUACCUUAAACCGAUUCCCUUUCAAAAGAUUCGAUUCUUGGGUGGUAAACUCGGGGACGCUUUGGCGAAAGAAUAUGAUGUAUCUACUGUUCAGGAUUUGCUGCCGGUAACACUUGAGGAGAUGCAACACAAGUUUGGGGAGAACGCGAUUUGGGUGUAUGAGAUCUUACGCGGAAUUGAUAGAAGCGAAGUCAAGGAAAAGUCCAUCGUCAACAAGAGUAUGUUGGCCUCCAAGAACCUACAAAAACCGAUCACGAAGGCAUCUGAUGGUCAACAUUGGAUCCGAGUACUUGCUGCUGAACUGGCGUUACGGUUGAAUGAUGCAUGCAAGGCUAACCCCAAUUUGUGGCCGAAAACUCUGGUGAUUCAUGCCCGACGAGGCUAUGAAGUGACACGCUCGAAGCAGGCCCCGUUUCCCUUCUCGCGCGAAGUCACAGUGGAUUUGAUUGCUAACGCUGGGAAUAAACUCUGGGCGGAAUUGGUCGGUAAAGACAGUGGGCCAAUGAAGGUGACAAACGUCUCGCUCGCAUUCACCGGGAUUGAAGUGGCGGAAGAGGGACAGCAAAACAUUGACGGAUUCUUUCGGGCCGAUGGACAGUUCUCAAAACGUCCACGAGAGAGUGAGACGGAUGGCGAUUCUGGAACGAAUGCCGAGCCCUUGGAAGGCGAUUGUACAACUUCAUUCUCAUGCUCAAAGUGUCGCAGAAAGAUCUCUUUAUCCCCAACACAGACCUUGGGUGCGUCUCUGGAGGAAAAGAAUCGAGCAUUGAACAACCUUAGGGCUGAGCACGAAGAUUUCCACUUUGCUCAAGCAGUAGCGAGAGAGGUGGAGGUGGAACCUGAAGAUAUCACCGAGAAGAGUGUCUCGCCAGGAGGUGGGAAGAAACGAAAACGGAAAGACCCCGCUCCCGUAGGAAUAGAGAAGUUUUUCAGUCGUAGGUGAUCAUGAUGUACAUGCAAAAUGUAAGCUUGUGCUCGUCGUGAUGGUCGUUAUGAGCAACUAGAUUCAGAUUAGCCAUCCC